UUGGAGUUUUGGACGCCAAAUUUUAUAGGCACAGGACUCUCAAUCGCUGACUUACUGGAGUUCGGUUUGCAUUACUACGAACCAACUUGUGAUCCUGUAAGCAGUGGUAGAUAUGCGUUUCUUGAAGCUGUAUUUCGAGCGGUCAGUGUAAUCUUGAGGGAAAAUGAAGCCAUACGUAUUGACUUCAAUGCCGUUUUUGCGCAUUACGAGGCCAUCAAGUGGUACCACAAGUUUGUCAUUCUCAAAUCAUUCUUCGAUACUUCCACAUGGUCGAACGUAACGUUUAAGUAUCCUUGGACUGGGAAGGCAAAGGACGAUGCCGAGUUAUUUUGUGAGAUACCGUGUAUAUUGACAGCUUGGCCAGGCGACAACUCGGACUUGUUUGAGAGCUUCAUAUGUGAAAACUUUCAGUCAGAAGAUGCUGAAGUAAUCUCGCGUUCAUUGCUCUUGGCGUUCGAUCGCGGUCUUGGAGGAGAUAGUGUUUGUGUUCUUUUCGCACUUCCUAUCGGAGCCGAAGAGCUUUCAUUACAGCAGAAUCUUCACUUGUUUGCGCGAGUUGUCGAGAAGCUGUCGGCUGAUGUUCGUGACUGGGAAAGAUUCCUUUCCGAGGAGGAGUACAAGUUUCAAAGCGUUUCGUUUGCGCAAGUUUUUGACUGCACUGGCAUAUCCUUCGGCUUCUUUGACGAUGAGGAUGUAUCAAGCACGCAAGAAAUUGUUCGGAAUGCUGAUGAGGAGAAAAAAGCUGACUCCUGUUCACACUCCAACGCUCCCGUCAGAUUUGACGAUUCUGUCUUCAUUGCAGACGGAAAGACUACCGAAUCCGGAACCCAAGCCUCUAGUUCCACUAGUAAAUCCAGUGUUACUGGUUCACAGGAGGAACACCUCAGUCAUCCAGAAAAUGUGGAACUCAACCGAGAAACAUGUAUUGGCAGUUCCGAUAGUGACGUUGCUACGCUGUUGGAAGAAAUCAUAGAAAAGGUUGCGAACAUGUGGCCAGCACCAUCAAUGAAACAACCAUCUCCCAAUAUCUGUCGGCUAGCUGGAUCCAGUGAUGAUCCUGCUGCAUCUGCCACUGGGGAAGGCGAUGUUGCAGACGUCAUCCUGUCACAGUUAAGACCAAGUAUGCUCGAGAACGCUAAUGACAACUUAACGUGGACCAUGAACGGAUCAUCUUUGUCCUUCGACUGGGAGCAGACUGAAGAGCCAAGGAAAGACGAGAUUUUGUUGGUAAGCUUUUCUCGGCACUUACUACUUGAAGCUAGAACUGAACCGUCUAUAUCACUUCGAAAAAUUCCACACCACUGA